AUGGGCAGAUCCAUGACUUCCCUGGGCUCCCAGCUCUUCAGAGCAGCAUUACUGGCAGCCAUCUUACUGAUGCUAUGGGUAAAGGGGGUGAAGCCUCAGGGAUGGAGCCCAGGCCCCAAAGAGAGGAGUAAGAAAGAACAAAUACCCUCUACAGACCAAAAUCAAGAGCAAUUUGAAGAGUACUUUGUGGCCUCCUCAGUGGGUGAGAUGUGGCAGGAGGCGAACAUGGUCGAGCAAGAGGAUGACAAGACAUCAGAGAUGGAGAACACGGCUGUUCGUGACCACCUAUUCGACCUAGCCUUGUGCUUUAAUGUGGCCAGUGUCUUGGUUUUUUUAUAA